CUUAUUUGGCUGAUGGGACAAAGUUAUCUCCAGUUAUUAUUUUCAAACUCAAAAAGAUUCCCUGUGAAGAAUUUCCUGAAGGUGUAGUAAUUCGUGCAAAUUCAGAAGGAUGGAUGAACGAAGAAGAAAUGAUAUGGUGGAUCGAAAAUAUUUGGUCUCUCUUGGUAUUAGAUUCAUUUUCCGCUCACAAAACUGAAGUUGUAAAGAAACAGCUUC